UGUCCUAUCGCUAGCUUGAUCGAGCGUCCUGUUGGUUAUUGCAAGUUAAUGGCAGUCAAACGGAGAAGCUUCAUCUCAGUCUUUUGGACGGAACCGGUCUGACAUUUGAGUCUUUAUAUCAAAGUGUGAGGGCGGGCGAAGGCUGCGCUUUUCCGUAGACCAUCAUAAUGGCCUCCUGGAUAAUCCAGAUGGUGGUGAUGAUGAUGUCCGUCUUCAUCAAAACCAGUCAUGGGAAGAGAGACCAGGUUCUUUAUUGUUCUGCUUGCAGAGCAAUAGUGGACGAACUGAACUACUCAAUCAGUCAGGUCGACCCGAGAAAAACCAUAGAUAUUGGUGGUUUUAGAGUCAACCCAGAUGGAAGCGUGAAGAACAAGCAGGUCCCACUGGCUCGCUCAGAGACUCACCUCGGCGAGCUUCUGGAGGAGGUUUGCAAAAGCAUGAGUGACUACGCCCUCUACUUGGACCCCAACACCCAGCAGAAGCAGUACAGGAGGUUUGCUCCUAGAAGCACCGGGGCUGACGGAGGCUUUCCAGAUUUGAAGAAUUUCCAGUUUGAUGGACCUGAGGCGUCCACCGGCCUGACAUUUGCAUGUGAAACAUUGGUGGAGGAGCUGGAGGACGCCAUCAUAUCCACGUUCAGCAAGAAAGCAGAUGGUGUGGAGGAGCAGCUCUGCAGCAGUGUCUGUGAUCAGGGGGAAAGCGAAAAUCGCACCAACAAAGAGUUGUGAAGGUUUGCUCCGUCCACAGACGUCCUCGACCAGCGUCAUCGUUCUGACCAACCAUUGAUGGGACCUUUUUUUUUUUUCUAAAUAAUGACCUCUAUUUUUAAAGAAAUAAAAAUAUGACCUUGCAAAACAAUAUCUUGUUUUUAUCUCUCUGUUUCUGCAUCUGAUGGAACUCGCAGUAAAUCCAGCUGUGAUGCCAUUGGCUGUUUUGAUCUGUGUUGGUUAUGAGGUCAUGAGAUAGAUGGGUUCUGAUCAAAAACACACUGGUUAGAACAAAGUUUGCUAAUGAAGAACUGGAAAAUGCAAAGUCAUUGUAUUUACAUUAAAAAAUCCCAUGUGCUGAAAA